AUGGAAGGAAUGUUGGUGAGAAUAAGAUAUGGAGCAUCACAGUUGGUGAGCAUAAUAUCUAAGGGUAUGAGGGUUGAGGUUAAACUUGAGGAUAGCUUUUAUCCUCUACCUCUUCGUCUUGUUUCUUUUUUGGAAACUGUGUUCCUGCGCGGUGGAUCACGAUUAACAACUUACGUGUGGCAAGUUUGGUCCAAAAUUAUUAAUCGCGACCCACCGCGCGAGAACAAGGGUGCGGUUGCGCCAUCCAAAAAAGAGUGUGGUAGUACGCAGUUCAUACCUAAGCUAACUUGCACAAGCACAGAUCAACUUAUGAAAGUGUGUGUGAAUAUGAUCCUUGAGAUGAUGAAUGCCAACACAACCAAUUGA